AGAGCAAGACGCACUGAAAGACACCAAGGCAGAUGGAUAGCAGGAUUGUAGUGUUAGUCUGAUGAACAUGCGUGACCCAUGCCGUGUAUGUGGCGUGUGCGUGCAGGGUGGUCAAUGUCGCUGGUUGUUCAGCGCAUGUGGCCGUCUGAGGUUGGCGGUCAUCCUUUCACACGUGUUGGGCGUGGAAUUGCAACGAGAUGGCUGCAGCGAGUUUCUCUGUGGGAAAUGCGUGUUUUUACUCGAGCGCAUAGUGCAAUGCGAUGUCGCCAUUGGACAGCUGCAGGAAACGCACGCUGCUCAGCUGCAGAGACUGCAGAAUGAGAGAGAUGGCCUGAAAGCUCAAAUCACAAACAAAUACAGACAACAUAACCCGACCAGACUAGGUGGAAACGUACCUCUUAAACAGGAAGUUCUGAUUGGAGCAAGCUUAAAUACUCCAAAGCAGCUGCAAUGCAUUCGGCGACCUCAACCGGUUCAACCAAAGAAGCACCAAACAUGGAUUGCCAGUGUCCAGGAAACCCUAGGAAGAAGUCAUGGGGUUGUUUCUGUGAUUUCAGGUGGUGACUGCCAACAAGAUAAUUUUAAUGGUCGAUUGAGGAGGUGUGUGAGCCUCGAGCCGCUUAGUAAAACAGGAACAGAUCUUUCACAACGUUCAAAAUUGAAUCCUUCUUCACGACAAAGUUCAAAAACCGCUGGUGUGCCGGUAACCCGACCUCGCUCUCUUAGUCGAGACUACUUGGACGUCGUAAAUAAGAAGAGCGCUUUAAUUUCACGGUCAACUUCCCUCCAAUCAGUGGCCCUGGAGCAGUUUGACCACGCCCUCGUCAGUGCCUCACCCCUCAGACAGACACGCCCACUGAGAGGCUCCACCCCUGCAACCAUAGAAACGACCUCGCUGGUGUUUGAUAUAUUACAGCUAUUGAAGAGUGUGCAAGGAGUGCGGCCCGUCCCACGAUCUAACAGUGGCAAGAUUCCAGUACUAAAAAAUCCACAUUAUACACAUGGAAGCACCCACAGUGGUGUGUCUUGGAAAUCAAAGCUAGAGAGAAGUCUGAGAGAGCUGGACGAGGAUUUUAAUGAUGAAUACACACCUCUUAAACAGGAGGUGUUUGUUGAAAGACAGAAUGAAUGGAGCAGAUUGGAGCAGAAAACCAGACAGCUGACUGAAGAACAGAAUGUGGCCAAGAGCAGCAACCAGACGCUCAAACACACACUAGAAGAAACAGAGAGAGAAAUGAAGGCUCUUUCUGAUGAGCUGGAAGAGAGAGAGAUCGAAAUGGCUGCAGAGAAGAAGAACUCUCUGAAACGAGACAAAACCAUCCAGGGCCUCAGUUUGGUUCUCAAAGAGAAGGAGAAAGAGAUUGAGGAUCUAUCUGGUGAUCUUGAGGAGAAGGAUCAGGCUUUGGCUAAGGCUCGAGAGGCCCUUCAUAAAGCCAAACUGCAGAAAUAUCAGGGGGCUGAAGACCAGCAGUCUCUUUUCCUGGAGCAGCAGGCUGAAUUGUCACGGCUCCAGGCAGAGGCUCGCACUUCUCUGCUGGAAACCCAGAGGCUGCAGCGUGUGCUUGGCAGCAGAGAUUCAGAACUGUGCCUUCUUCAUCAGGCCAAACUAGAACUAGAACAAGAGCUGGAGCAGCUACAGCAACAGAAGAAGAAGGGAGACAAGACCAUUAACGAUCUUCAGAACCAAUUGAAGAAACUAAAUGGUGCUCUGGCUGACAGAGAGAACGCUCUAGAACAGCAGCGUCUAGAACAGCAAGAACAAAACCGUGCUGCUGAACAGAAACUACAGAAUGCCAUAGAACGACUCACAGCUAGCCUGAAUCAUAAAGACAAGCAGCUGCAGGACUAUAUGAACAUGGUUAAAGAUCUGGAGAAGAACAAAACCCAAGAGGAAGGUGAUCCCAUGCUGGCUAAACUGAGAGCAAGACUGAAGGAGAAAGAGAAAGCACUUGAGCAAGCCUUGGAUGAGAAGUUUGCAGCCAUGGAGGAGAAAGAAAAUGAGAUCCAUUUGCUGCAGCUGAGCUUGAGAGAGAAAGAAAGAGAUGUGGAGCGUCUCAACAACCUGCUCUCACACAACGAGGAGACUAUUAAUAGUUUUGAUGCUCUCAUAAAUGAAAGAGAUCUUGAGCUGCAGCAGCUGUUGAACUCGCUGAAGAAUCUUCAGAGAUGUAAAGAUGAGACUGAGCAGAACCUUCAGAGGGCUCUGAGAGAGAAAGACGCCAUUAUACAGCACUUACAGCAAGCACUAGACAACAAAACGAGAGACAUGGAGGAGAUGGCCAAUAGGGUUCUGAGCCAGUCAGAGUCUCAGGGUCGUGACCUCGCAGAGCAGAUGAGUCAGAGGUUAAAGGUCACGGAGGCAAUGCUGUCAGAGGCGGUGAAGGACAGAGAGAGGCUAGUGACCGAGAACCAAACCGCUGUAGAAAACCUGCUGGCCACCAUCAGCAGCAAAGACCAGCUUCUGAAGGAGCUGCACCAGCGUUUGUCUCCGAGAGGGGACAUUCGACUUCCUCUGACCCGGGAUCAAGCUUCCCAGCUGCGUGAGAGUGAAUGCAGCAUCUCCUCUCUCCCUCAGAGAGAAAGAACCAUUAUUGGAGGAGAUCGCCAACAACAGGAUGUUGCAUCUUUAUCUGAUCUGCUGACUGAGCAGAUGGAGUUAAACCGAGCUCUGAGAGCUGAGCAACAUCUCUACUCUGACCUCAUCAGAGCUGUCAAAGAGCGUGAUGGUGUUGAGAGGCUGCAGGCGCUGCAGCUGGAGCUCACAGGGGUGUCACUCCUCAGAGAGCAGCUGGAAAGUGGAGUCAAGAUGAACACAGAGCUGAGAGAUCAGCUACAGAAAGAGAUCCAGAGAGCCAAACAGAGAGAAGGUUCAAACCCUUCAGAGUUAGAGAGUAUGCGUGAUGCACUGGAGGAAGCUCAGCGCUGGAACGCUUCUCUGCAAGCCAGACUGGGACAGAUCCAGAACCGAGGAGGAGGGGUUGGACAGGCCAAUGAUUCUGAUGAUGUGACACUAAUGCCUCUAAACACGAAGGAGAGAUGUGAUCAGGGAGAUCAUUCUCCAGAGGAUGUUGGUGAGAGUAAUCAACCAUCACAGACUCAAAGAGAGCAAAGUGGAGUGCAACCCACAUCCAGAUUCCUUAGAGAUGAAUCGGAAAAAGCAGAACUCCGAUCGCUUCUCUCAGAUUGUGGAGCGGAAUCAGUCUCUCAACUCCGGGAGCAAGUGGCCAAACUCCGCUUGGAAGCAUCUGAACUCCGUGGAUUUUUGAAGGAGGAAAACGCCACUGAGUCCAAAGAAAGUGCAGAGAGUUCUGGAGAAAGUGACAGCCAUGGAGACUUACACCAAACCGUGAAGGUGCUCCGCUCAGAAGCCAGAAGUCACCGAAAGAUAAUUCGACUGCUAAAAGAGCAGCUGCAGCAAAACUCUGUUUCAGAUGCUGGAAUUCAAAUUGACCCAGCGUAUGUAAAAUCUCGGCUACCAGUACCUGUUUGGCCCAGUAGGAGUUCUGGGCAGAGUUCAGAAGAUCUGAGUGAGCUGAAUUCAGGCCACGUUCACCCCAGAAACAAAGACUACCUGACUGGGGCGGAAGAGUCUGAUUAUAGCACGGACAGCAAGAUGUCUUCUAGAUCAGCUGAGCACAAACACCUCAAUUUAGACCAUGUUAAAGAUGCUAGGCUGAGUCCAACUGCUGGAACAAAACAAGACACUAACAUGAACCAGAAUCUGGAAUCCGAGCUCGUGGCACAAUUAGAGUUGCUGAAUCAAGAAUGCCAAGAGAAGGAAGAUCUAAUCUCCCACCUGAGACAACAAGUCCAGGAAUGGGACGAGCUACAGGCAGAGAUACAGGAGAAGGACAAGCUCAACCGAGAAUACCUGGAAGCCCUACAAGCGGCAGAGUCUACUAUUGCGUACCUCACCGCAUGCAGCUUGGACUUGGAGUGUGGAAUCGGUCAAACAGGAGAUGUAACAUUGCAGCAACGUUGUGCAGAUCUUCAGAAGGCUCUUGAGGAGAAAGACCGACUCAACGCUCAACUCUUGGACUGCUUGAACUCUGCGGAAUCCGCCAUUGCAUUGCUCCGAAAUGUCGACACUACAAGCAGCCAAAUGGACCUUGUGCAAGAAGUCCCAAAGGCACUUAGCGAGAGGCUUGAGGACUUGAUUGGACGGAUCAGAAUUUCUCAGCAAAGCGACGACAGGUCAAAAGACACUCACAGCACAGAGGUUGGUCCAGUGCUAGGACCUGAUUCUGACCUACGGCGACAGGUAGAAUCACUGCAGGAGUCACUGUUGCAGCAGUGCAGGAUGAAUGCAGAACUGCAGGAGAAGCUCUGGACUUCAGAAGCAGCUGUUAAAAAGUUGAGUGCAGCUGUCAGCGCCAAGCGCAACAGCGCACCCACAGGUCUGGAGGGGAAUUACACUCCUGGACCAGUAGGAAAGGUCCUGUCAUUGCAGCAGCAACAGCUGACAGACUGUCUAUCUGAGUGCAUUAGAGCUGCUGAAGGCACAGUCAAGUCUUUCACAGACGUUUGCUCCAAACCAAACCAGUCUCAUGAGGAGAUCUUGUCCAGUCCAGAGUUAAAGCAAUGGCUGGAGAGGCUGCAGCGUGCUCUGCUGGAGAGAGAGUCUCUGGAGGACCCAGCCUGCACUGAGAGUCACCAACAAAAGACAAGCACACCCAUUCACAACCUUGAGAGUUCUAAACUAGAACUGCAACAGAGUGUUCGGGAGCCUGUGUCCUCACACCAGAAUCUUCAUAAGAACCUCUUGAUGCUUCUUCAGAUUCAUACUCUGUGUGCUCAGAAAAUGAACGAACUUGAGGAAGCUGUUAGUGGGCAUGGCCAAAGUGGAAGAGGUGGAGAUGCGCCUGGAAAUGAAAGUCUGGAGAGGAUCGUCCAGAUCGAAAGUUUGCAGAAGGCCCUGAAGGAGAAGCAGAGGGUAUGUCGGAAAAUGGAGGAGAAACUGGCAAUCGCUCAUUCGGUCAUUGCAGUGUAUGGCUCAAAUAAGGAGAAACAGUCUGAUCAGCGCAAAGCGCCCACUGGUGAACGAGAUGAUAAAGGGGUGCAGGUGGAGGCGCAGGACCUCGGGUAUGAAACGAGUGGAAGGAGUGAGACGGAGGUGGAGGGCAGUAGCACAGAUGUGGACGGUGUUUUGCGGUUGGUUCCCAUUCUGUCUCCUGUCCUUGCGGGCACUCAGGACCGAUUUUCACCUGACACUACCGCAUCCAGCCCCUCGUACCCCAGCUCUCCUGGCCUGAGCUCCCCUCGACCCUCCGACCCUCACGCCGACCCCACUCUGCACAUCCAACAGCUCAGGUUACAGAUCGAAGGACAGCACAAAGUCAUCCAGCACCUCCAGAGGCAGCUGCGUAAGAAGUCUUUGUCGUCUGAGCUCCUGAGUGUGACCUCUGACCCCACAGCAGGUGAAGAAGAGGAGGAAACAAAGAUGAUGAAGUCUCAAAUCGCCCAGCUGAGCACUGAGUUAGAAAGAGAGAGAACCCUGAAUAGAAGCAGCCAAGCAGGCUCUCCAUCCAGAAUCGAGUCUCUGGUCCAGUCUCAGGCCCGGGAGUUGUGUGAGCUGCGGGAACAGAUCCGUGUGUCUCGUGGUUUGGGUGUCGAACAGCGUAAACAAUUUCUGGAGCUCAGAAGAGCUUUAGAGGAGUUACUUCAGCCCGAUAACAUGUACUCCGCUCAGGGAACCCAGCUCAGAGAGCAGCUGGAUCACAGCCUGAGCCUGCUGGAGAGACUGGAGCAGGUUUCUACUGGAGGGUCUGGUACGGAUAAUGAGGAGGAAGCAGAGUCAGAGAUGAAGCUCAGACUCUCUGCAAAGCUACAGGAAAAAGACUGGCUCAUUCAAUCUCUGCAAUAUCAACUGCGAAUACAAGUUCCCAGAAUGCACCAGUGCUCAGACUCCGAGAUGAGUGACAGACUGUCCGUUGAAGGCACAACCUCCUUCCACGACAGCCCUCCUGCUGGCCGCAGGCAGACCCCCAACAGACCUCACACAGGGCUGAUGGCAACCAAUAGCGAUGCGUUUUCAGAUACGGGUCUGGGAUCUGGGGGCGUGGUCGAUGGUGAAGAGGGGAGUGUCGGAAUGCUACAGCGGGAGAAUGGCCAUCUGCAGGAGCAGCUGAGAAGCAGUGAGGAACUGAAUGCUACACUUCGUAGUGAACUGGACCUCACUCGAUCUGUCCUGAAGCACAACCCACAGAAAAAGACCAAAGACAAACAGUCGGAGCAGCAGAACACGUCAGAGAGCAUGACCAUCAACUCGGAUCUGUUAGUAGAACACCUUCAAGAGAUCCGAGCGUUGCGUCAGCGUCUUGAAGAGACGAUCAGAACCAAUGAGAGACUCCGAGAACAGUUAGAAAGAAAGUUACAGGAAGCUGAAAAAGACUCAGCAGCCACUAACAUCUUCAUCGCUGGUUCUGAGGAGCAGGCUCACAUCAGCAGUGAACUCCACUUCCUCCUCGCCCAAAACCACACACUCAAAGAGCAGCUCAACCAGGGAGCACGAGAUAAACAGAAGGAGAACGACCGCCUGAGGGAGACUUUGGCCAGACGAACUGCUAAACUAGAGCUGAGCAGAAAAGAGUGUGAAACACUGAAACAGGAAAGAACACAACUACAAGACAACCUGUAUAGAUUGCAGUGUGAGAACAGUCAUCAGAGGCAGCAGUUGUGUGACACCCAGCAGCUCUUGCAGUCUGUGCGUGUGGAGCUGCAGGUGCAUGAUCACAUGAAGAACUCCACACACACUCACACAGGUGAGGGCCAUGGCUCUGGAUCUGAGAGCGGUUCAGCAGCGGAUCUGAGCGAGCUUUUGGCUGAGAUCAGAAAGCUGCGUGUUCAGCUGGAGAGAAGCAUCCAGAUCAACACCACACUGACACAGAGACUGGAACAACAGCUGCUGACCCGCACCGACCCCAGAUCAACCAUUAACAUCAACUACCUGCUGCCUAAAACAGAUGAAGCUGGUAAAUCAGAUGUUCUUCACUUGCAUACAGACGCGUCCAGUGCUGCACAUGACAGCGGUAGUUCAGUGGACUCUGGUUCCCACGUUCCGUCCCGGCUGGUCCCGGGUCACCGGCUGUGGGCUGACAGACGUGGGCGUCACGUUCUGGGUCUGAUAGAGGACUAUAACGCCCUGCGCAAACAGAUCAAUGAAGCCAAGAGACUCACUGCAGAUCUGGACACACAGAUACACGACUGUGGCCGGGCUGUAGAUCAGCUGAAGAGUGUCUCUGGCAGUGUGAACACUAUGCAGCAGGCUCUGGAGGAGGCCGCUCGACUUCUCAAACUGCUCUGGAGAGUCUCAGUACCCUCAGGAGACUCCACACACACUCAACAGAUACAAAUAUAA